AUGCAUAGGGGAUGGCACAUAAUAUAUUGUUUCAUCUUCCUUCUGAUGAAUAGAUCAAUAGGUGCAGAGAAACUUAAAAAAUUCGAUCCUGUUAUGAUAAAAGAAGGAGAAUUAUUUGGAGAAGUGUCCUAUGAUUGUGAAUAUAGUGGGUUUCUAGAAAUCCACAGUGAUGACAUUUUAUAUUAUUGUUUUUUUGUAGGAGAAGAUGAUCAUAACGGUUUAUUAUUAAGAAAGUUCCACAUUGAUGAUAUGAUAUGGGGUAUACCAGUGGAAGUAUUAAUUACACGUAAGAAAAUAAAUUUAUAUAUAUUAACAGUUGAUUAUAUAUUAUCUAAAUUAAUAUUAAUAUAUAGUUUUGAUGAGAAAAUAAGAAUAACUGUUUUCAAUAAUUAUAUGGAAGAAUCUGUAAUGAGCGAAAAAAUUAGUAUUAAUUAUGAAAUAUUAUAUAAAGCAAAUAUGGUUUCUUAUAUAACAUAUUUUUAUAAAAAUAAAAAAUCUUUAUGUGUAUGUGGUAUGAAUCGAAAUGAAAAUAUUUUAUGUACCUUUUCUUUUGAUUAUGGUUUAACAAUGAAAGAUGAUCAUACGAUUGAAUUUUUUUUAAAAAAAAAAAUUCCACUUGGACAUUAUAAAAUACAAGUAUCUUUUAAAGAAAAUGAAGUUUAUUUUAAUUUGCAUAAUGAUUUGAAUGAAACGAAUUUUUAUGAACUUAAAUGUAUUAAGGAACAAGAUAAAUAUAUAUGUGACAUAAUGAAUAGGAUACAAGAGACUCAAGAGUAUAACCACAGAAGGUAUAAAUAUAUAUCUAGUGAGGACAACAAAUAUUAUAAUCAUCAUCAUAAUGAAAAGCAACAACAACAACAACAACAAGGAGGAGGAGGAGGAGUAGGAAUAGGAGCAGUAGCAUCAUCUAACAUAGAAGACGAAAAUAAUUUCAUAUAUAAACAUAUUGUGCGUGAUAAAUAUUUCCAGAUGAUUGUUUUUCAGAAAGAUCAAAAAUGUUACCUUGCCUGGUCAUUUAAUUCUUUAAAUAUAAACGAUGAAAUUACUAAAGAAAUAUCAUCUGUUUCUUGUUCAAGUGUAGCAACAUAUCAUAUAGAAGAGAGAUUAAUAGUAACUUUAAAAAAGAAUAAUCCUGGUCCAAGGAAUCAUUUUUUCUUAAUAUAUGAAAAACUUACUGAGAAAGCUGUCGGUUGUGAAUUUGGGGUGGGGGGAAGCCUUUAUGUUACAAAUACUUUUAUGAAUAAUGCAUGCGAUAUGAAUAUAAAUAACAUGAACGUUAGUACAAAUAACUAUGAUGAAAUUAAUUUUUCUAUUAUCGUUCCAUUAUCGUUUCAUUUAAAUCAAAGUACAUGUUUUAUAUGGAAAGAAGAUGUGGAUAAUAAAGAAGAGAGGAGUAGCCUUUAUUACAUGGAAGAAUAUAGUAUAGAAAAAGAAGAUAUAAAAGUAUAUACUUUUUAUUUUUAUAAAUAUAUAUUAAUAAAUAAAAAUUUUGAACAAAGCACAUGUACAUUUGAAAGUAAUGAUAAUCAAACGUUAUAUAUAUCUUUUAGAGGAGAUACAUAUUAUAAAGAAUAUAAUUGUAGCAUAUUAUUAGAUACGUGUGAUUUUUUUCUUCAUACUCAGAGUAAAAUAAAUAUAACAUAUAAUGAUGAUGAAUGGCAGGUUUCCGAAGAAUUAUAUGAUGGAUAUGUUCUAUAUAAUGGUACUUAUGUUUCUUUGUAUGAUGUUUUAAGCAGAACGAAUGCUAAUGAGUUGAUAUAUAUGGAUGGCAAAGAAAAUAAUACAACUAUGGAAUUGAAUAAUAUAAAAGAUAACAACAAUAGAAAUAAUAAUAUUAAUAGUAAUAAUAAUAGUAGUAAUAAUAGUAAUAGUAGUAAUAAUUUUUAUGGGGGGGGACGUGAAAAAUUAAUAACAAUAAUAAUUCCAUAUGGUAUUCCAAGUACACGCACAAUAAAAAUCGAAUUUUCAAAUAAACAAAAUAAUGAAGAAAAAAGAUGGGCAUAUUUAAGAUUACAAAAAAAUGAAUAUAUAAUGCAAAAAGUCAUUGGAAUAAAUUCUUCUGAUAUUUUUGACAUAUCAUAUAAAUAUUAUAAAUAUAAUCAAGAAAGAAUAAAAUAUAUACUUAACGAUUUUUCAGAGACAACAUAUUUAGGAUUUAUUUGUCAAACAAAAGAAGAAAUAAAAAAGAGUUUAUGUACCAUUUCGCUAGUUGACCAUAAUCAUAAAAAUAUAGGAAUGGAUAAUUUAUUUAAAAGUAAUAAAAAUAUUUUACCUUUUCUAUAUUAUCAAUCAACACCUAGAAAAAUACAACCAUAUAAUCAAAUUAUAAGUGAAUUCAGAUUUGUGGUUUUUAAAAAUUUUGAUCUCUUUUUACAAGAUAAAAAAAUCAGUUAUAUAUUAUUAAAAUGUAUCUGUUCACCUUCCUCUAGUUUAAUAAAUACACAAAAAAAUAUAGAACUAACUUAUUUAAUUACAAACGAACAAGUCUCACACGAUUUUAUUCAUACACCAGGAAUUUUAAUAAGACAACGUAUAAAUAAUUCUCAAAAUAAUAAUAAAAAGAAUAAUAUGAAUGUAAACAAAAAUUCUAAUUACUCCAUACAUAAUAAUAAUGAAAAAAUAAGAAGAACAAAAAGAAAAAAUAAUGAUACACAAAAUGACAAACAAGAACAAUUACCUUCUUAUGAUUUCAAUGAUCUAUAUAAUGAAAAAAAUAAUAGUGCCUCUCUUUUUGAUUUCAAUUUUUUAUUGUUUCUUUUUUUUUGCAUCACACUCUUCUAG